GCCAAGUCUGGAAAGAGGCUGAUUAAGCCUUUCGUCUUCCCCAUCUCUUGUGAUUAUUCCGCUCCUGCCCCCUGGUCCCUCCCCCACACCUCGGAUCCUAGACUUUCCCGUCCCUGCAGCUUCCAAGGCUUCAGACGCUAGAAGCCUCCUUUUCGUGCCUUGAACUACCAUGACAUCAUGGCAAGAUUUCGCAGGAGAACAUGCGUCAUUCUGUUGCUUUUUAUUUUAUUUAUUUGCUCCAUAAUGAUGGCUUUAAAAACUCUGAGACCUGAAAGGGCUGGAUUUGGAGAUCCCUUUGGCCUUGGCCUUUUACCAGAUUUUCAGCAACGAACAACAUAUGUUAAAAGAAAGUUCAGCGUGCAGAAUGGUGCCAAGGAAGAUAGCUUCACGCACACCAAAAAUUUGCACAGUUUGACAAUGAAUUUGAAAACUCCCAUGGCUCCAAUAGGAAAACUGGAACAGGACCUCCCUUCUCCUAAUUAUGAUUUCCAUGUGUUUUACUAUUGUUGGUUUGGUAAUCCACAGUUUGAUGGAAAAUAUAUUCACUGGAAUCAUCCAUUGCUGACACACUGGGAUCCCAAAAUUGCAAGUGGUUAUCCAAAAGGAAGACACAGCCCUCCAGAAGACAUUGGUUCCAGCUUUUAUCCAGAACUUGGGCCUUAUAGCUCCAGAGACCCUUCUGUGAUAGAAUCUCACAUGAAACAGAUAAGCUCAGCUUCCAUCGGGGUAUUGGCUAUUUCUUGGUAUCCACCUGGUAUGAAUGAUGAGAACGGAGAGCCUACUGAUGGCUUGGUACUUACUAUUUUGGAUAUUGCACACAAGUACAGAUUGAAGGUCACUUUCCAUAUUGAGCCAUACAAAGACAGAGAUGAUCGCAGUAUGUACAACAAUGUCAAGUACAUUAUAGACAAAUAUGGAGAUCAUCCAGGUUUCUACAGACAUAAAGUUAGUACAGGUAGAACCUAUCCCAUGUUUUAUAUUUAUGAUUCUUAUAUCACAAUCCCUGAAAUGUGGGCAAAUCUGCUCACAGUAUCAGGAUCUCAGAGUAUACGUGAUACACCAUAUGAUAGUUUAUUCAUUGCCCUUCUCGUGGAAGAAAAACAUAAGCAUGACAUCCUCAGAAGUGGCUUUGAUGGAAUUUAUACAUACUUUGCAACAAAUGGCUUUUCUUAUGGCUCAAGUCAUCACAACUGGCCUAGUCUGAAAGCAUUUUGUGACAAGAACAACCUAAUGUUUAUUCCAAGCGUGGGCCCAGGUUAUGUAGAUACCAGCAUCCGACCAUGGAACAACCACAACACCCGGAACCGUGUCAAUGGGAAAUACUAUGAGACUGCCUACAGCGCGGCACUUCUAGUGCGACCUGAAAUAAUUUCCAUCACCUCUUUUAAUGAAUGGCAUGAAGGAACUCAGAUUGAAAAAGCCAUUCCAAAGAAAACUGAAAAGACAGUUUACCUAGACUAUCAGCCACAUAAACCAAAUGUUUAUCUGGAACUCACUCGCAAGUGGUCUGAAAGGUACAGCCAGGAAAAAGAGCAGUGGCUUACAUGAAGCACUACUGUAUUUGUCUAAAUAGAUUCAGCUCCAUAAGGAACUACGUGACUUAUAUGAUGAAAGUGUCAACUUGUGUACUACUGUAUACAACAAUUAGAGAACGUUUUUACUUUACUGCAUAAAGGUAACAAUGCCAAGCAAUACUAGCUCCUUGGAUUCUUACAUAGCAUAUUGAGAAUAUGUUUGAAGUGCUGAAUACAACAUGUAUAUUCUGUAUAGUGCAAGUUCUCUGUCUAGAAUAUUUUACUGGUAAUUCAAGUAGAGUGAUGUAGAAUUUGAGCUGUCAUCCAAACAGCUACAUAGAUCUGAAAGCAACUGGGGUUAUGAGUUCUCCCUUUAUGGGGGAAAAAAAUCCUGCAUUCUCCAAAAGGUAAGCAGACUUCAGAAGCAGCUUCUAGUGUGGUAUGUGAGCUGGAAACAAAGGAAAACCAGUUGGGCAUGUGAGUGCUUCAGUGCUUUGGGUCUGGGCCUUGGAACAACUGUGACCAACCAUCUACAUCCAUAAUUUGUUACAGAGUAAUGUUUGUGUGGUGCAUGAGUUUACCAAAUUGCAGAAUCCCUAAAGACUUCUCUGUGCAAACAUCAUCAAAAUGAAUGGGAACUGUACAAAACCAGUCUUUUUUUCUACCCCAAGUACAUUUUCUACCCCAAGUAUUCUUCCUAGAAGCUGAAAGCCUUUUCUUUUCAUUUGCUUUACCUUAUGGUAGAAAAGAAGAGUAACGUGAAAUUAUUGUGAUAGUCAUAGUUAAUUCUUUGCUAUGAAUGAAGUAUGAACAUUUAGUAACCUGUUAAAAUGUUCACUUUGCAAUCAGCUUGUUAUGAAAGCAAUAUUAUUGUGAGCAAAAAUAGAGCUUUGGAACUAUAAGAAACUAUCACAAAAUGAAACAUGACUAUCUAAAGAUAGAAAUAAUUUUCAAAGAAAAUCUUUGCUUUUCAUUUUUAAAAGAAUGUUGAAUAAGAUUUCACUUUUUAAAGGAAAAUAUUAUUUUGAAACAGUGUGAAUUGUCAGUCAUGAAAAUGGUGCAAAAUAAGGUAGGAACGUCCUUCCUCCUGCUCAUUCCCAUCUGAAAAGGAAUUACUAAAUAGAGGGAGGGAGUUGUGCAUGUGUGCAAGACUGAAGCCACCAAAACUAUGUCAUGAUGAUAAAGACAAAGAAAAUCUGAUUUUAACUGUGUUUGUACUCAAGGUGCAGUCUCAUCUCACAGGGUUCAGAAUGUAUGAGUAACUUAUACAAAAGCACUUCCAUGUUCAAAUCUUAUUUUUUCGUUGUAUUUUUUCAGUGCAUAUUCUGUCUUAUGCCAAGUGUUUGCUAAAAAAAGAACAGUGUAUUUAUGUGACAAUCUUAGAUUUCUCCAUAGAAUGUAAAUUUUUCUCAUGGAGAGGUCUUUUAUACAACAAACAUUCAAACAUGUUGCCUGUCAUUAGAUGUGAAAUGACACAAUCCUGUAAGAGGGCUGAACUACUCACACAUUUAUGCUUUGAAUCGAUUUUCAAUAAUAGGUAACAGGACAGUGUGGUCACGUCAUAGUGAGUGCCUUAUGAGGUCUAAAACUGAAAGUGCCUCUCGUGUGCUCCAGAGGCACCUGUCCAAAACUAACAGCGCAAAUCUUCAAGUUUGAUUCAGUGUACAUUUUGCAUGCUUGCUUUUGCAAUUUUGUAAAGUGUACUACAUAGAUUACAAGAAAAGAGCGUUAGUCAUGCUGUCUUAUUUUGACAUAAUUUUGAGGCUUUUAUCUUAUAUUGUGGCCAUACGCUUGAACAGAUUAGACACCCUUGGAUUGUGUGGAUAUUUUCUUGAAGCUGGAAAACUGUAUUCCUUCAUCCCUUAGUUCAUAAUUCCUGCAUAGUUACCACCCCACAGGUUCUGUAAAUCCAUUCAUUUUUCAGUCACUAACAAAUGUUUUGGAAGUUUAUAAAAUAAAAUCCACCCUGUCCUGAAGAUGUAAAAUGACAACAUUCUGUGAUUUAUUUUCUUUACAAAAGCCUCUAUAUUACGUCCUGCUGCAGUCAGUGACUAGUCUGAGGCUUCAAAAAUGUAUUUGCAAGGCCAUUGGCCCGUUUUAUUUAUCAGAAAUGUGAAAGCUGUGUACAAAUUGAUAUUUACUUUAAAAAGAGCUUGAAGGUAAGUUAUAAAUCACAGUCAUAGAUUCUUAUUUGUUGCCUAUAAUUAGAUUGUAACUAGAGAAGCCCAGUAAAACUGCUCAGCAAAAAGCCCACUUAAUCAAAACCACUUUAAAGUCAGUUGUGGAAGGCAGCUAUAAAUGAGCCUCUAAUCACCAUUUCUGAAAGACUUCUUUAAAAAAUAAGGCAACAUGUGGGCAUAAAGCUCCUUGCCUUCACUGAACAUAUUUGUCAAGAAGGGACUGCUUAGUCACCUGUGUGUAGAUCUUUUUGUAGGGAGUCAUGCACUUUAAAAGCUUUAAAGAUUAACAUCAGCCCUUGAACUGAGCCCAGAAAUGAAUAAGAAAUCAAUGUAGCUGUUUCAAAUUGGCAUUUCAAUCAGGGAACCUGUGUGGACUGGCAGGAGUCACUUCAUUUUUAUACAUCUUCACCCCAUAUUUCUCUGCCCCUGGUUGCCCUCAUAUGAACCUUCUGCCCUUUUGCUGCUUCCAUCUUGACUUGCCGUUCACUAGCCAUACUUUCUUUUAUCUGCUCCACCUCAUCUUCAUUUCUAAUUAUUAUUUAUUUACUUCAUUAAUACCUCACCUUUGUAUCCAAUGGAGAUCCAAAACAGCUUACAUUACUCUAUCUCCUAGUUUAUUCUCAUAACAUCACAGUGAGGUAGAUUAGGCUUAGAAAGAGUGAUGGACCCAAGGUCAUCCUGCAAGCUUCCAUAUCAGAGUGGGGAUUUGAACUUGAGUAAUCCAGAUCCUAGUCAGACACUCUAACCGUUACACCACGUUCUUUCUUCUUGACAGUUCUUCUCCAGGAAAAGUCUAGUCAAAUUGUAAAGGUCACGUGGUACGAAAUCUGUUUGGUAAAGCGUGGUGGUCACUGCGGGGUUAAGCCAAGUUGCGCAAAUUGUGUGGCGGCUGAUGCUGGGCCCAUGCGGUUGUUCAGCUUCAAAUAAUCUGGCAGCCACUACUGCACCUGUGUGAGUUGCACAAAUUGUUUGGUAGCAAGAUGUGCGAUAGUAGUGGUUACUGUUGUUUUAGGAGUCAACCUGGACAGUGUUUUCCAGGUGUUACAUUAACUUUCUAUAUUUGUUGUGAAAAACAAAUGUGAGGCAAGCUAGCUGAUAAAUUAUAAUUGUGUCCUUUACUAUUUCAAUUGGUUAUGAGACCUGAAAUUUGAAGUAACAGUGAAAUCAAGCAUAAAUAAUGAUAAAGUAGCAUGGAAUUUUUGUAUUUUUUCCAUGGACAUCUGAAUAACUUUAUGAAUUUGAUCGUUUUAGUCUUUUUAUUAUUUUGGGAAUGGUUUAUGUCCUUAAGCACAAUACUUAAAAUAUUGGAUGCUUUGAGGAUCUAUUCAUUUAUAAAUAUUAAAGGUUUUGGAAUAGUCAUGCUGUUAAAGCUGUUUUACCACUGCUGUUUAGGCACUUUAUACACCCUCAUCAAUUUAAUGCCUUCUGUAUAUGUGUGUUUAAUUUUUCAUAUUGCAUGUCUUUAGCAAUAACAACUCAAUAUUUUAUAACUUGUUCAAUUACUUAUCUUUAAUUGCAGUUCCUAUUCAGCAUAUUGUAUAGAAAGGUUAUGAAAUGUUAUCACACAGUAUACAAAUAACAUGGAGUACUAAUCUGAUGUUUCCCUCAUAUUGCUAAUUGCUACAGACGUAUGUAUAGGAACAAAAUCUACAUUUUUACCAGGUGGUGGAGUAACAAAUGCCAGUAACGUUAUAUAAUCUAGUCCAUAAGCUAUAUGGUGAAUAUGCAGACCCACAAGUGACUCAGUCAGAAGCUAUAUAAGCAUAGGUUUAAAGAAUAUUUGUUCACUACACAUAUUUUCCUGACCUGAGUAGUCCAAAUUAACCCAAUCUCAGAAGCUAAACAGAAUCAGCCUUAGAUAGUAUUUGCAUACGAUUACCUAGGAAUACCAAGGUUGUGAAACCAUCAUUUUAAAAUUAAUACCCUUUCUUUAAGCUAAGAAAUAUGUAUCAUAUUACUGGUUGUCUUAUGGUGGUAAUGAGAAAGAAUAACAGAGUGCUUGAUUUAAGAGUUUAACAGUUCAAGCACAGGGCUACUGGCUUUUAUGAAAGGCUAUUCUGCUUACAAAUCCACUGUCCCUUUUUCUGUCAGAAGUAUUUGGGUGUCUGAGCAGCCAUUUCAAUCAAUUAUGUUACAAAGAAGUUGCAAAAAAGUUGUAAAUGUCUGUAUCAUGUGAAAGAUUAUUGUAAUUGACUUCUUCGGAAAGAGCUGCCUGCAAAAUUAUGUUGUUCAAAAGGAUUGAAUUUUUUUAUUUUUGUUUGGAGGGGGGAUUGUAAUGUACAUAGCACUGUUGAUAAAUGAAAGAAAUGUUCUUCAACACAUUUAUGCUAAAGGUUUAAAACAUAUAUUCAGACAAAACCACUCUAAUCUGUGGAAAAUAAUACAGAAGUAACAUUUUUGUGUGUGAUCAUGAAACUUGCACUGGGUGUAAUAUUAAUACCACUUUUUUCUUUACAAAGUUCUUUUGCAUAUUUCAUGAGAUGCAUGUUGAGUAGUGUAGAAGACAGGCUGUUUUCCCUUUGUGAAACACUUGUUAAAAUAUGCUGAUGCUGCUUAAAUCAUUUUUGAAAUGGUGCUUUAUUAUUUUGAAUAUUAUUUUGAUCACAUUUUUAAAACUCGGACUAUCAAAAGCUGUCUAUGUGCAAUAACAUUUCAAUGGAAAACUGUGUUUUGCAAAUCUCUUUCUGCUGUAUAGUUCAAAACUAUGCAGGAGCAACAGUCACAAUGUCUCAUUUGUCUUUUCGUAUUGGAGAGGUGAAUUGGAAGAAUUCCCCAGGUAAACAAUAGCUUUGUAGAUAAUGUUACUUGAUUGUGUUCUUAACUAAAUAAUCACGUACAUUUUGAAGAAUUUUUUACAGUAUACCAAAGAACCAUUCAAACAGUAUGCAGUUGUUUCCUGGGACCAAUUUAAGCAACUUACCCCACUGCCCCCUCCGCACACACACAGAUGCAUACACUUGCCAUGAAUAUAGUCUUAUGAGGAAGAAAUGGAUGCCCAAGGAUUAGCCCAAGAAUGUGGACUAUACUGUACAUCUUGUCUGAAGAUAUAAUCACACUGUCGAGCUUGUGCUGUUUUGGUACCAGAGCUUUACUUCUAAAACCAUCCCAAUAUUUAAGACAUAUUUUUGUCUGUUUGGAUGGAAAAACAACUAUGGUCAUUGGAAGUGAAAAUAUUUGUAAAACGUUUUAUUUUACGAGAUUAAAUGUUCAUUUUUCUAAAAGGGUAAUAUACUUAAGUAUACAAAAUGUAAGAACUGUACAAAUUGCUUGCUAUUUUGAAGACAAAGAUUGAAAUAUAUAUAGUUCUCAGACCAAAUGUAUAAUGUAAAACCGUUAUUAAUACACAUGAAAUUGACUUAGGAACAGAAUUCAUUUUUACAUUUUUUUUUCAUUCUUUGAAGUGGGAUUUUGAUAUGCUAAUUUAAUUAUUGUUAACAACUCCCAAACAUUGUUAAAUACACUCUUGUCUGGGCAGCCUUGUCUGAGUUUCCCAGUAAGUCUUGUAGCACCUGUCAAAUGCCACACCAGAUGAUUACAUCCCAGCAGUCUUCUAUUUAAUACAAAUAAGGAACAACAAUUUAGGAGUGAGAGUAUUCGUGAUGGCUGCUUUAGCCAGUUUCCAGUAUCUGCCCUUGUUACAAAUUUAUGGUGUUCAUGUUUACUUGAUUUUAAAUUGGGCAGGAAACUAUUAUAUACAACAGCCCAAGUGAGCUAGGAGUUAUGUCUUAGCUAGAGGGGAAUCCUUUCUUUUAGUUCUCCAAAACCUCAUUUGCUUUUCUUUAUUUUUCAUUGUCUUCCAUUCCUGUUCAAUGUAUUUCUGUGAAACGAAAGUGAAAAGUCACUUCUCUCUAUACAUAGUUGACUAAACAGAGAGCUGCGUAGUAAUGAUGUACUCCCAGCCAAUCACAAUGCAGAAAAGGUUUCCCUCCUCCUCCUGACAGCGUUCUCAGGAGUACAAAAAACUGCCAUGGCAGGCAGCACCCCCCACCACGACCACUUCUGCCACCCCCUGCGGCUCUUGCUACCCCCCACUGCUUCUGCCGCCCUCUGAUUGCCAACCGCUCUUAACCCCCAUGACUUCUGCCAACUUCUACCAUCUACCACCUCUGCCACCUCCAUCACUCACCUUCCGCUUCUGCAACCCCCUGCUGUUUCUGCCCACCCUCCUGCCACUUGCCAAUCAUUCCUUCUUCCCCCCUACCCACCACAGUUUGGGGGCACAAUUUUAGUAUUUGCCCCAGAUGCUGUUUUCGGCAGGUAUGCCACUGACUGAGGCCAGGCUAAGGAGAGAAGAAAGGUGGGAGGGGUUACCCCCCUUGGUAGGCACCCUUAGCAUACCAAGUUUUCUAGUUCCUGAUGUAUGUCUUCAUUCAGUGGACUUUACUGCUAGUGGCACAUAAUUGGAGAGCUAUUGAUAAACAUUAUUCUAAUUCCCUUGCUUUGGAAUACUGCUAUUUUUAGUGUCUAAACAACAGAAAAAUGAAUAUAUAUUUUUGUUGUAAACAAACAAUUAACCAUGCAGUGGAAGGAGUAGGGGAAAAACUGUUGCUGGGUUGUUUUUUCAUAAUCACCUUGGCCAGGAAUUUACAAGAACAUGGCCUGUUUCUUUCAUUGCUGCUCAAGGUAAAACUCCAACAUGUACAGCGAUCAGUUUCAUGUAAUGUGCCUGUUGCAGGAGUGUUCCAUUCCAAUUACAGCUAGGGGAUCCACAAUAUUAUCUGAACAUUCAGUGUGAGUACAUCAGCGUGAGUACAUCAGAGAGUGAAUUAGACAUUUCUUCCUGAUGUACACAUUGUAUAUGUGCAGGGAAUUUUUUGUGGCAUUCAAGUAUUUCAUCCCCUACCACUCAGUCCAGCAACAAAUAUCUCUUGGAUCCGCUGCUACUGGGGAUUUCCUGUUUCAACUGAUCUUAUAUAAGAAUAUGCAAUAAGGAACAAAAGGCUAGAAGCAUACUCCACUUGUCUGUUCAACCUCUGCCCUUCACAUCACGUCUGUCUUGACUGGUCAGUUUUCUUACAAAGACUACCAUUUUUCCUCCCCCACUUUUUCUCCAUAACGUCUGGAUGUUAA